AUGACUGGGCAGCAAGGAUAUCCAUACCGCGCACUUCAACCCAAUACAAUUCGCCUCCUUCGUGUGUACCAAGGCGCGGUGAACAAUCUUGUCUGCGACCUGGAAGUCGCACAUAUCGAUCGACUUCCCAGUUACGAGGCAUUGAGCUAUUGCUGGGGCGAUCCGAGCGAGAAAAUACCUAUUGAGUGCAAUGCAUCUGGAGGGCUGGCUAUUACAAAGAACCUCCACUCUGCCCUCCACUGUCUCCGGCUGUCAAAUCAACCGCGGCUUAUCUGGGCCGACGCAAUAUGUAUCAACCAGGAGGACAUAGAAGAGCGCAGCUCCCAGGUGCGGUUAAUGAAAGACAUCUAUCAGCGUGCGUCCUCGGUUGUUGUUUGGCUGGGUGAGCCUAUUGAAGUUGAUGGCAAAGAUCUCUGGCCUAUCCCGCCGCUUCUGGAGGCCGCGCAGAAGAAUCUCAAACGCACCCAGCUACCGAUUCGACACGGGACCAAGGAUUGGGUCAGGCACGUACUGCGGCCAGACUAUACGACAAAUGGAGAUCUAGAAGACAAGCGAUGGAAUGCGAUUAUCAAGAGCUUGAUAUUGUUGCUCCACCGCCCUUGGUUCCUUCGUACCUGGAUCAUCCAGGAGGUUGGUCUCGCUACCCAUGCAAUAGUGAUAUGUGGAAGUCACUCGGCGAGCUGGGAGGACUUUUAUCGCGCGGUUAGCUACGCUAUUGAUUUGGAUUAUUUCUCCGCUACGCUGCCGGAAAUGUACAGUUCUAUGCAGAAUAUCGAGAGAGCGCGUCGGGAUCUUGCUCGUCAGCAGUACCUCCGCCCUCUUGAUCUUUACGCUUCAUUUCGAGUAUUUCUUGCCACGGACCCGCGAGAUAAAGUCUUCGGCCUUUACAGUUUAUUUAGUCCUUCGGAUCUUGCUGUGGUAGAAUUGCAGCCGGAUUACAAUCUAGAUCUAACUACAGUCUAUACACAAGCCACGAUAGACUGUAUUGCUACCGAGGGGAAUUUGGAUGUUCUCUCCUUUGGCGGCCAAGACUGCCUCGUGGCACAUCACCAACUUCCUACCUGGGUUCCUGACUGGGCCUACCAAGACCGCACAAAACCAUUGCUGCCACGGUUUCUGUCCACUCUCUCGUUCGGAGAGCACCAAUGGGCUCGUACAUGGCAGUCAGCGACUGGAACAAGUUACCCAGUAGUGGAGCUCUCGGAAAACAAAAAGUGCAUUAUGCUUUCUGGCUACGUGCUGGAUCGAGUCUUGGACACUGGUGGGACACUUGAGAAAGAGUACUAUACGUCAACACCAGGCCAUCCCCUACUAGAAAUCAACAUAGUCAUGAAAAAAUGCAGCGACGUCUUCGAGAAAUGGGAAGAUAUCUGUGGCGUAAGCGCCAGCAUUCCAUACUUCACCGGCGAGGCAGCUUGGGACGUAUAUUGGAAAACGCUCCAUGCAGGCGGCUAUCCGCACGGCGACGAACAGACAACCAAAGCGACAUUUUCAAAAUGGUACCAGCCAUUCCGGGACCUUCGCUCCAAUACUGAGUACACAGCUAAUCGCAUUGAAGAGAUCAAGAACAGUGAUUCUAGCACGGCGUACAAGAUCGCCGCAGGUGUGGGGUGGUUUGGAAAAGUGACGUAUAAUGCAAUGAGAUUCGGGAUGGGUUUGGUCAUGAAUAAAAACAAAUUCCCGCCGUCGAAAAUACUGGCUUUUCAUCGGACGCUGUUCAAGACCGAACGAGGGCUUGUCGGGCUUUCGUCUCGGCAUGUUAGGAAGGGUGAUGCUAUUGCCCUGUUCAAAGGAGGAAAGAUGCCGAUGGUGCUUCGUGAGGCGGGAGACGGGGACUGGCGUGUUGUGGGGGAUAGUUAUGUUCAUGGUAUUAUGAAUGGGGAGGAGUUUGAUAGAUCUAGGUGCGAUGCGCUGCGUAUUGGUUGA